UUCGCAGGACUGCUGAUGGUAUCCAUAAUAUGCUUUGAGCUCUUCAUCAUUUGCAAAGCUUAUAAGUUGAGUUCAAGCCAUCGGAACAUAUUCUUAGGACAGAUUUUACUGCUUGGACUAUUCCUGUGCGCCAGUGUCAGUGUUGUGUUGACCUUGACGCCUACGAUAGUCUCGUGUUCGGUGGUUAGGUUCGGCAUAGGGGUGUCAUAUGCCCUUGUUUUCGCGUCCUUAUUGGUAAAGUGCGUGUUUCUGAUCAGUUUGAACAGCGGCGUCUAUCUACCAGCAGCCUAUCAAGCUUUGCUUCUUGCCUUCAGUAUACUAAUUCAGGUAGCAAUCAGCGGCCAAUGGUUAAUAAGUAAUCCUCCGGCCGUUGAGAGCGUUGUUUACGAGAGGUUCAUCACGGAACGCAAACACAACAUGUUGUUCACGGCUAAGGACCUGGAGAAACCCGAAAUAUCGAAACGCUGUCAAACUGGUUAUACGGACCUUUUAUUUUCACUGAUCUACGUCGUCUUCUUGAUUAUAUUCGUGAGUGUCCUUGCUAUAAAGGCGAGACAUGUCAGGAACAACUAUCGGGAAUCCACCUACAUAGGUCUAUCCGUUGGAUGCAGCGUGCCAACUUGGUUGGUCUGGAUGCUAAGCGGUUUUUUAGUUAACGAAAGACACCGUGAUGCUUGCCUGGCCUUAGGCCUACUUAUUUCAUCAUUCGUGAUCUUUUCGGUAAUGUUCAUGUCGAAGAGCAGAAGAUUAAUUGCACUUGGAAGCAACGGUGUCUACAAGGAAGAUAGAGAUGACCAGUUCAGCUCCAUCAGUCGGACCGGAUCCAGAUACUCUCCUUCCUUCUUCCAUUACCAACCUGGUGACUUAAGGCAUCAAUACAUCUACCAGAACAAAGGCAUCCAAGCCACCCACAGCAAUCCAG